AUGGCUCAGGACGAUGCGAUGACAGCCGUGGACAACAUCGUCACGCAGUUCAACACCUAUGAAGAUUUCCUGGACUCGCAGAUCACAACCGUGGACUUGUACUACCUGGAGGAUGAAGGCCUGGCUCGCCAGUUGGUGGAGCUAGGCUACCGAGGGACUGGAGAGAUUGUGAAAAGGGAAGAUUUUGAAGCAAGGAAGGCAGCUAUAGAAAUUGCAAGGCUAGCUGAAAGAAAUCAGAAAAAGACCUUGACAAGUGCUGGUAAAGAUCUGCGGGACAAUUUUCUGAAGGCCCUGGCAGUAAGGGAGGAAGACAAUCGCACUGGGAAAGUGAGCUCUGUGAUCUUCAUUCGUGACAAAAAUACUCAUGGGCAAGAGAUAUCGGGUUACAUCGAUUAUGCCCACAGACUCAAGAAUGAAGAUUUCGAAGUCUACUUUAGCGGGAAAAAAAGACUUCUUCCAAGGACCACAGAUUUGAGCUUUUACAACUGGGACAGUCAUGUUGUUGUUUGCAAUUCAAGUUCCAAUUAUCAAGUUAUUUCUGACAAUCCUGACGGCUUACUUUUCAAAUAUAAAAGAGACAGAAAAAUUCUCAAUGUGGAUCCAAAGGCUCAACCUGGGGACAACUCUACUAGAAUCCCUAUCCAGACAGACCUCUACAUACAAGCUGUCAUUUUUGACCAUGUUUCCAGAAGGAAGAAUUAA